AUGGUCACAGAAAAUGGCUCUUAAUUUGACGAGGACGUCCAUUACUAGUGUCUUAGAUGUAUUAAACGUUAGAGCAAGUCUCUUUUGAUUUAAACGUUGACUUGUUAUUGUUUAAUUGUCUUUCAUAAUAAACUGAAAAAUGGGUAAGAAAAAGGAACAAACAACAGAAGAAGAUGUUACGGACUCUCCGAUCAGCCACAAAAAACAUAAAAAACACAAAAAGAAACACAAAAGGCGCAAAGAAGAUUUGCUUUCUGAGCCCCAUUUGCCUGCUGCUGCUGUGUCGGACAGCAAGCCAUCGAUCAAACUGAGGAUUCGUCUUGGAGGGGAAACUUUAUCUUCCAAAAAGUUUGUACUGAAAGAUGAUAGCAACACCUCUUCACUUAAUGAAUACUCACCAACAGCUGUUGCUAAAAUGAAGAGCGGUGGUAACGCUAAGCUGGCUUCCCUGGAAGACGAACCGGUCGAUGUUGAUGACACCCAGUUACCUGAUCCCUUAGCGUCUGCUAUCCACCCCAGUUACUUGACUUCAAACAGUAUAAUUUCUGGCAUAAUGGCACCAAGUAUCAACCCAUGGGGAUCAUCGAUUGACUUUGAUAUGACUCCUGAGAAAGUUGAAGACACACCUGAAGACGGAGAGGAGAAGAAAGAGGAAACUUCUGAUGAAGAACAAGCCUGGUUGGAUGCUCUGGAGGCUGGUGAACUGGAUGAUUUUGGUGAGAUCCGCAAACCUAAAGAUCCAAACUUGUUGACAGCGAGACAGAGGGCAUUGCUGCAUGGAAAACAAGAACAAGAACUUCUAGAGUUGCCAUCAGGUUACAAAACUGUGGAACUUACAGAAGAACAAAUACAGAGGCGCCAACAACGAGCUAAAAAACGACGGCUACAAGCACAAGAAAAGAGAGAGAAGGACAAGAAACAAACCCUUGAAAGAUUAUUAAAGAAACAGGAAACAAAAACCAAAGCACCAAAGUUUAAAACCAACAAGCGGACUGACAUUGCACGAUACAGCUAUGUGAAUGGAGUAUCUGGUAUUUUCAUUUCCGUACCAGCAGGAUUUGAUUUUCCACUGAGAUCUAAAACACGAACUGACCGUCCCAAAACUGUGUUGUGUGGAGUACGGCAUUGUAACAAAGUUCGGAAAUAUUCAUGCUCUAAGACCGGUGUUCCACUAUGCAGUUUACAGUGUUAUAAGAAAAAUUUACAGUUACAUAAAGUUGCUUCAUAACACGAGGCGAUGUGAGUUUCUUUGAAAAUAAAUUUUACUUUUAUAUAU